GUGGCAUCAUCCCAUCCAUUCAUCUAAUGUAAAAAGUAUAUCCAGCCAUUAAUCCUAUUUCAUUGUGCAAAUAAAUACUGAUCCUGAGGGACCCUCUCUUCCACACGGAUAUGUGGGGCUCUCCACCAUUGUUAGGUGCCUGAAAGAUUCAAACACAGUCAACGUAUCAAAAACUCUGUUUCUCUGCAAAACAAAGAUGGAAGUGAACCCUAACGGCGGCGAUGUUUUAUGUGAAGAAAACAAAACUGACAGUACUGAAGUAUCUCCGUCGGAGACGACGGAGCCUGCGGCGGCGUUAAUGAAAGAAGAGCUAACGGAAACGGAAAACAACAGCCUUAUUCCGGUGCCGGUUCAAACGAUGACAGUGGCGGCGGCGAAGAGGUCAUCGAAAGACCGUCACACGAAGGUGGAAGGACGUGGUCGGAGAAUCAGGAUUCCGGCGACAUGCGCCGCCAGAAUCUUUCAACUGACGAGGGAGCUAGGUCACAAAUCCGACGGAGAAACAAUCCGGUGGUUGUUAGAACAAGCUGAACCUUCUAUCAUUGAAGCAACUGGCACCGGAACGGUGCCAGCCAUUGCUGUUUCCGUCGGAGGUACGUUAAAGAUUCCAACAUCAUCUCCGGCGAGACCAGACGGUGAAGAUGCUCCGGUGAAGAGAAGAAGAAGAGCUUCAAACAGUGAGUUUGUUGACUUGAAUGAUCAAGUUUCAAUGUGUUCGGGAUUAGCACCAAUUGCUCAAACCGCAUACGGUGCCGCCGCCACCUCCAGUGGCGGUGGUAGUGGUGAAAAUGGUGGUGGUUUAGUUCCAUUAUGGCCUGUUGUAAGUAACGGUGUUGGGUCUAAUACAACAGGACCAUUUUUCAUGUUCCCAAAUUCAACUCUAAUGAAUCAGCCACAGUUUUGGGCUAUUCCUGCAGCACCAUUUUUCAAUGUGCAAACAAGACCUAUUUCUGAUUUUGUUUCUGCUAUGCAAAUGCCACAAGAACCUUCAAAUGCUGCUACUGCUUAUGCAAAUUCUAAUGCUUCAUCUACUUUGGCUCCUAGUUUGAGUUCAGCAACUUCAACUAGUUGUUCUGCUACUACUUCUUCAUCCUCUGCUACAAAUACUCAGAUGCUAAGAGAUUUUUCUUUGGAUAUUUUUGAUAAGAAAGAGCUGCAGUUUAUGGGUUGUUCUUCUGCAAAUUUGGAAUCAUCUCCCUCUUCAAAUUGAAGCUUUAAGUUGGUAGAAAAAUGUGCUUAGACUUUAGAAGUUAGAAAAGCUAGUCAAUAUCUUCUUUUUUUUUUUUUUUGAAAAUUGGAGCAGAAAAGCAGAGAUAGCUUGUGUCUAUCUGAAUUUUGUCUUUUUGGUUUUUGGCCAAUGCGAAAGAACACGUCUUGAA